AGAUAUUCUUCUUGCGGUGCUAAGUCAUUGAAAACAUUUUGCUUUUUGAACGUGACCAGUGUAAAUUAUCCCUGUAUGAACACAGAUGACUUGAGAGACGGCAGAGAGGACUAUAUUUGUGCCAUGCUCUCGAGUUCCGAUCUGUUUUCUGGGACUGGCGGGGCUGGGGACAAAUACAAUGAUGUCCCCACUCUGUCCCCGCUGUCGGUUGACAUAGAAAUGACGAACGGAUUGGCAUUGCUCAAUCAGACCAUGAACACGCAUUUGAGCGGUGGCUCGUUGAGCGAUCCUUGGAUGGGGUCGCCGUUGAGCCAAAAGAGUCCCGAUCCUGACUUGGUUAAUCAAAUGGACGCAUUGCUCAAGACGGAGCCAUUGGAUCUUCCCUGUGCUUCACCGUCCGACGUCGAGUUGCUGCAGAUGUCCCUGCACUCGGACCAGAAUGACUUUCUCCAAGGGCCGACACUAGCUGAACUGAACGCUCCUCUAUCUGGGGAUCUACUAGACGACCUGAGCUUUGACGAUUUAAUGUUACCCGAAGACAGCAACAUGAGAACUCGACUGAACCAGAAUUACUUCAUCCCCGAAUCCUCCACCGACCAUAUCCUGGCGUCAUCAAGUGCCGACAAUGGAACAUUCGCUCAUCUACAAACGCGUCCAUUGACUCUCGGCACGUCGGGUUCUGUAGUCGCCAGCGUCGACAUCGAUGGCCAGCGUUACUACAUUGCCAAUUCCGGCCUGGGGGUUUCCGGGGUUCAAAUGCAGUCCAUUCUCACGUCCCCGGGCACGAUGAUGCAUCAAGAAAUGCCGCUGCUGGCGAGGCAAUUGGAACAGCCCGAGUUUGCAGGGAAUUCCAACAACGCGACGCUGUCGUCGAGUGUGCCGUCGUCAUCUGGCAUGUACAUGGCCACGACGACGAAGGUCAGCAAUGCCGGGAUUGGUUUCAAGCCGCAGCCGCAGAAUGUGGGCCAGCAUCAGUCGGCCCAGCAGAAGAUACAGCAGUUGACAUUUUUGGCGUCUAAUUUGUCGUCAUUGCCUCACAAGGCGGGGCCCAUGGCAUUGAAUUCUCCUCAAACUACUCAGCAUCAACUCUUUCAACAGGUGGGACUACUGGGAACGACAGUGGAGUCACCCACGACGACGACGGGAAGCAGAAGAAGCUCCACGGCGUCCCUGUGUUCCGACGGCAUAUCAAAAUUGACGCUGCACAACAAUAUUUUGCACCAGAACCGGAGCAAGGCGCCGCAUCAAAUGCGUCCUCGUGCAUCCACCAUGAGUGGCGCCAUCGGCCACCGACGACCGCCCAAAGCCUCGGGCAUCCACGGAGGAGCAUCAACGGGGGGCCACACGGCGUCUGGCACAACACCACAACACCAGCCACUCACUGGCCUGGCGAAAAACGGCAGUCUUCUGUCGUCCACCCCGGACAUCCGCCUCUCGUCGUCGUGUCCCUCGAACUCGUUGGAAUUGCACUGGCGCAAACGGGAACCACGCACGCAUCUCUUGUCGGGCGGGUCUUUGAUUGAGUCGUUGUCACACGGAGGCUCGGGGUCGUCCUUGUCCACGGGCAGCGUGCUCAGUCCGCUGAGUGGCGGUCAUGAUUUGUCUUACGACAAAGAGCUGUACAACUCAGACACGGAAGAGGACGAGGAGGAUUCGGAUGCGGAUUCGAACGCGAGCAGUGACGAUGGCUACGACGUCCGCGUGGUGUCGCCGAAUUCUCGCGGUGGCGCCGCCGGACUCGGACACUCCGCCAGGGAAAGGUACUUUUGGCAGUACAACGUUCAGGCGAAGGGCCCCAAGGGACAGCGUUUGGUUCUCAAGAACCCGAACCCGCAGGAUCCACACGUGUUGGACCAGGUUGUCGACCCUGUUUUCAACCCCGUUGUUGCAGCUCAAGGGAUCAGACACAGUGGGAAAGCGCGACGAGGCGACGGAAAUGACUUGACCCCGAGCCCACAAAAGUUGUACAACAUUGGGAUGGAGCUGGAUGGGCUCAAUCAGGCCAUCAACGACAUGACUCCGGUUGCCGAGCUUCCCUACAAUGAUCGACCCAAGUCGCGGAAGGAGAAGAAUAAACUUGCAUCCAGAGCCUGUCGACUGAAGAAGAAAGCGCAACAUGAGGCCAACAAGCUGACGUUGUACGGAUUACAAGAAGAGCAUCGAAAAUUGAUGGAUUGCAUCGAAUUCGCAAAAAAGUUGUUGCAUGCUCGGGUUGCAUCUGUAUUCAACGAUGUUUCUUGUCGGGACCUGGUCCCGAUAGACUGUCCCAUAUCUCCGCAGCUGGAGAAGUUUUGCGACCCUGUCCUACGAACGAGAGUCGCGGGCAGAGCGACCGAGUUUGUGAACUCAGUGCUGGAUAAAGUGAAGGCGGGCAUUCCAAAAGGCGGACUGGCCACUCUGUUCAAGUAGCCAUUGAUCGAACCUCGAAUCGUUCGAGUGCGGGAGAGGAGCCAAGUACUCGUCAGGAUAUCGCUGCGGGUGCAAGAAUGAUUCCUACCUCCGGAGAGAGCUUCCUCUACGACCCGCCUGUCAUCUGCGUGUACCUGUACUUCCCACUUGGCACCCACCACCUCGGGUCAUUCGUGUCGGCGAGACUGAAUUCCUGCGGAAUCUGGCUUUUCCAUAAACACGCUCAUGCGUGUUAUUGCUUGUCUGCUGACGUGAUCUUUUUUUUUGUUCGUUCGUUUUUGCAUUCUCGGUUAUAGUACUACUCCGUGUAGGGUCUAUGUUCUUCGCGACGAGAACUGGAAGUUCGGUCAAAGAUUUCUCCGCACCCUUUCACGGCAACCAGAGAAAAUAGCCUUUCGAACUUGGAUAAGUUCACGUCAUGUUACAGACUUCUCAAAGCUGUCAUUUUUUCAUGAAUGCGGGUGUUCAAAUGAGGUAACUGAAGAAAAAGUGUGUUGUUAUCUUGUGCGUUCGUUUUGUAGGAUGCGAUCGUUUUUUUUGUUUUGUUUCGGAAAAGGGCGCUGAGUGAAUUUGGGGAAAGACUGAAUCUCGGUCGGAGUUUUUAUUUUUGAUCUGGAAGAAAUACUGAGGUCCGAGCAGUGGUCUUAUAUGGGAUUGAUCUCAAUCCAACACAUCUGAUUGCUGCUGGGUUCAACGUUUCCCGUCCCACAAGGAUUGUUAAUUUGUCUUAUCAUUGUUAAUUCUUUCGAGAAAAAAGGUUUAGGGUGGCUUUCGUUGUUGCUUGAGUCCUUACCAAGGAAAGAGUUUAGCUCAUUAGGUGCCGAGAAAAUAAAUAGAUUUUAUCUAAACGUUGGUUUGCCCGUACGAAAGGAACAGUGGUGUUGACAGAAGAUAAUUUUUAUUGUUUUUUUUUGCAUUUCAUGUGAGUGCAUUCCAACAAGUUUACCUGCUGCCGGAUGCAGAUUGCGGUUCCGGUAGGACUUUUAUUUAUUUUUUGCUUUUCUUGGCUUGUCUCUGAAUACCAUCCAUGUUGGCUGGAGUUUCUGGGCACCGGUGAGGACUGCGCUGAAACGAAAUGUGCAAUGCUGUUAGUGCGUGUAACAGCGAAAUUGAAGGAUGAGAGGAGGACAUUGCUGUUUUUCUCUCUGGGUUGCGUGCGUGAGAUUUGAUUUGAUUUUUAUUUUUUUUGGUUUCGUGGCAGUGGAGAACGUUCGAUAUUUUAUUUUCCUCGGAUGCAUCGUUUACUUCGUGCGCGUCGUCAUCAGGCAAGCUUCUGGCGGAUGCUCUGUAAGGAGCGUGAUCCUUCGUUUGCCUCAGCUACCUCGAGAAACCGAGCGCGAAGUAAGAUCAGGAUGGAGUGGCGUAUUUUACUGCAGAACCCAAUUGCUCGCUUGUUCCAUUCUCGACGCAUUCUUUGGAACGUGUUGCUACGUGGUCGGGUGGGUGGGUGGUUCUUGCUCGCCAUGAUUGCCAGUUUUUUUCCUGCUAUGUGGGAGGAUUUUAAAGAAGAAGAAGAAAAAGAAGUUUUGUUUACCGGAACAACUCGUGGAGAAUUCGAGAAGGAUGAUCAUCAGUGGCCAACCGGUUUGCUCAAUCCACCGCAAACUUGUAUCCGAGCGCAUUUUAGCAUCAAAAAGUUUUGUUCCGUUUGUAUUCUGUUAUCUUGCCCUGUUGCAGUUGCGAUUGUCUCGUAUAGACGCGAACCAACCCCAUUGGUGUAGGAGUAGUAGUUUUGUAAAAUGAGGCUGUGAUAGGGUGGAAGGGAGUUGGUGUUUUUUGCGUGUUAUUCUGUGGACAGCCGUCGAAAAGUGUGCGGAGACCGCCGAAGAACGGUUGCCUGCUAGAUUCUGGUGUUGGAAAGAAAACGACCGGUAGAGCGUAGUCGGCUGGUGUUCGGUGUUGCUCGAUGUUCGCUUGGCUGUCAGUGAAAUUUUUUCCGUUUUUUUUUCCCUUGGACUUUCCCCAAAAGUCGGCCUCCGUAAUGUUUUAUUUUUUGUCUCCUCCGACGUCGUUCCCCUUUUUUCUUUGUGGUAUUGAUGAAAGUUCGGCACUUUUUUGCUGAGAGUUUGGACGAGCGAUUUUGCUGUUUCGCGUCAUCGUUUACAAUUCAGCUUGAAGAUAUUCACUUUUCAAUGCUGAAAAGAAGAAUGAGACAAUUUGAUGACCUGCGCUGAACUGGAGUCGUGUUAAUUCAACACUUUUGAAAGACAGUUUUAACUUCUGAAUCAAGCUGGGGUGCAGCUAGGAUUAGCAUUUUAGAUUAUAUUUUAUAGGGUAGCCCAAAAAUGUGCGUUCUUUCGAAUGAUUGAUGUCGCAUCUCUCAUCGGACAUCUUUCAACUGUGGAGUAGGUUAAGAGAAUAAACUGAACGUAACCCCGGUAAACUCGAAAUUCCAAGUAAACCAACACAGCGGGGAGCCUUUGUUUACAAUGUGUCAUUGCCAUGAAAGUGUUAGUCACUGAAAAGUGCCGUGUUGGUCUACCGAUUGCAGAAAAAUUUCUCGAAUUUCCCAGGGCAUUUUCGUGGAACACCGACGUCUGAUAUUUGCGUGAAUACGGUACUUUUCAGUUGAUGACCCUUUUUUUUUUGCAAAAUCGGUUAUUAUUGCACCGUUUUAGUGCAUCUGAUCUAUGGUUUCAUGAUUCUGGGAUGUUCAGCGCAAUCUUUCAUUUGGAUCUCCCUACACUGAAGGGAAGUAUCGCUCGUCCGAACUCGCCUCUUUAUUUAUUCAUCUUUAUUUUUCGUCUCAUUAUAGUCAAUAUCUUUUGAAACGGAAUUCAGCUCGUGUUUGCGUUUGGGAAAUUGCGACCUUCUUUUUGUUUGUUAGUUUCUUGAAUGAGACAAACGUCGCGGGCAUUUGGCGCGUCGCGAACGGAAGAAUUACUGUUUAUUUCGCUCCGACUGGUCAGCGUACGGUGUUAUUGUGUGGCUUUCCGUGUAGACCCCUUUUUGAAUCGGUUUUUGCUCCUGUGUCUUCUCUGUAGUGGGGAAAGAAAGAAAGCUUACCAGCGGAGAUUGUAUAACCUUAGUGGUGAACCCGGUGUUGACUAGUUUAACAAGCAUGGAACGGACUGAAGUGGGGGUGGGGGAAAAUUGAGAUCAAAUUUCUACCAUCUACGGUCAUCCCGCGAGAGAGAGAGAAAGAGACGAGUUGGCUGCGACCGCAGUGGACCAGCGUCCGAACUUGAUUUCCUUGUGAUGGAAUUUCUGAGAUUCGGUUACGAGACUUCGCAAAUUUGGUGAAUCCGUGAUCCCAUGAUGUGUGCGGGUGUCGAAAGAUGCCGUAAUACGUAGCUCGGUGUUAUAUCCAAGGGUUCGUGGGAGGGAUGAGGAAGGAAUAGUUGUUGACGAGUGUGGAGGAGAGGCAGGAACCAAGUUUUUCGGUGGUGAUCGGAAAUCGAUAUACGUUUGAUUGUGACGUGAGCCGAAUACACUCUUUCCUUUUUUUCAGUUUGGGUUUGGGGUCAAGAAUGCGUGGUUGAAUGCUGGGCGAUGAGAUAAAAACCUGUGGUCGCUUCA